AUGACGGAUCAUGUGAACGACACCUUAUACGUGAUCCUGGAAGCAGACCAUAAAAAUGUUCUACAUAUAUAUCCAAAGGCAGUGGCUCCUGAAAAUUCUGAAAAAUUCAAAAUUGAAGCUAUGGGAUUGAGUCCUGGGUUAACAUUUGUUACAUACAAUGUUAGCGAUUUUAAUAAUGAAAACAGUUCGACCCGUGGCCGAUCCUUCCUCCGAGCCGUUGUCCAGCGCGCCUACUGGAUCGACACCCUGUCGACUGCUGUGGGCUGGUUGUACUUCCUGGCCUGGUCGAUAUCCUUCUACCCUCAGAUCGUGACCAAUUGGAGACGUAAGAGCGUCGUGGGUCUCAAUUUUGAUUUUGUGACCCUCAGUGUCGUCGGAUUUGCCAUGUAUGCCUUGUUUAAUGUCGGACUGUACGCUUUUCCUACAGUGCAGAAACAAUACAUUGCCAGAUAUCCUCGUAGCCUGAAUCCUGUCCAAAUCAAUGAUGUGGUCUUCUCGGUUCAUGCCUUUAUUGCAACUGUUAUUACAGCUGUACAAUGUUUCAUAUACGAGCGUGGUGACCAAAGGGUGUCAUCAGUUGGCCGGUUAAUAUUGGCAGCAUGCUUCUUCGAGUUCUCAGCAAGUUGGUGUCUUAUGACAGUCGACUUGAUUUUACCUCUGGACUUUUUGUACCAUUGCAGUUAUAUUAAACUGGGGACAACUAUCAUCAAAUACAUACCACAGGCUUAUAUGAAUUAUGAACGCAAAAGCACAAUUGGUUGGAGCAUUGGAAACAUUUUUCUGGACAUUGCUGGUGGUGUUUUGAGCAUGCUGCAGAUGAUAUUGAAUGCCUACAACUUUGAUGAUUGGAUUUCGAUCUUUGGUGAUCCAACCAAGUUUGGUCUCGGUUUGUUUUCAGUGAUAUUUGAUAUUUUCUUCAUUAUACAGCAUUAUGUUUUUUAUAAACAAAAGUAA